AUGAAGAUCUCCUGCCUUUCCCUCUGCCUCCUUUCUACAAUGUGCUGGUUGUAUUUGGCACCAACAACUGGGAACAAAAUCUUCCAGUUUGGACCUUGCAUGAUUUCAAUGAAUAUUAAUGAAAUUAGAGCCAGCUUCACAGCGAUCAAAGCUACCAUUCAAGCCAAAGACGCCGUUCGAACCAUAAGCAUUUUGUCAUACCCAUACUCUCUACACAAUUUCACUCCUGCAGAUAGAUGUUGCAUCAUCCAUCACCUGUUAAGAUUCUACGUGGACAAGGUCUUCAAACACUGUGAGACUGAGGAUUCUCAUGUCAACCGGAAAAUCAGCAGCAUAGCCAAUUCUUUCCUCAGCAUCAAGAAGAAAUUCAGACAAUGUAAUGAACAAAACGUGUGUGACUGUGGAGAGGAAGCAAUAGAGAAAUAUAAACAAAUUCUCACCAAUUAUGGGCAGCUGAACACUGCUUCUGCAGCAAUGAAAUCCCUUGGGGAGCUGGAUAUCCUACUAGACUGGAUGGAGAAGGCUCAUUAGAGAACAGACUACAGUAACCAACAUGCUAUUUUUAAAGGUC